AUGGAACAGCAAUCUCUGCAGUCGCCCCCUAAACUCCCUAAUCAGGCCUUCACUCCCACGGAUUUUCAGCAGGAGUUCAAGUGUGUUGCCGACAUUCUUGAUUGGCUGCCCGAUUUCUGGCUCCAUCUGGUGCGUCUUAAGCGAAACCUGACCGGAUCUCAAACCGACACUUUCCCCGUCUCCCCAUUCCGUCUGCUUGCCUGUCCUUUCACAAUUCAGUCGUCCUGGACGUGGUUCAUGGAGCUCUGGGAUGCCGAAAUCCAGCACUUUCUAGUGCACGGUGCCGAAUCACGGGCUUCUUCCUUACCACCGGGUAACUUUCCGAGCGCCGGUGGACCCAUCAGUAAGAGUGAUUCACCUCGGCUCGGUGCCUUCACACGCUGGAUGUUCUCCACCUGGCCCUGGCCGGAGUUGCCUUCGUGCAUAAAUGGCAUUCCUCUGCUCCAGCGUAGCGUCUUCCUGCCAUGGGACUUGACUUCCACUGCCGCGGUGGCCAUUUUAGGAACCACGGCAACGGGACCAGAAAUGUCCUCAUCCUCAGCACGUCGUUUGAGUCAAACUGGCCCAGUGAGUCAAUCCCUGAGCGUGUUGACUAAACUGGGUCUAAAGAAUACUAUGUGUAAUUCCGAUUUAUUUACAUCAACCCAGUCAACUGGGGCUGUUACUGGUGCUGGUGAUGCUUUUCAGUGUAGUGCGAGCCCUCGGGAGUCUGGCGCCGCUAUUUAUGACUCAUACUCCUCAAUUCCAGCGCUAUUUCCUGGUCAGAAGGAGGUCAUCACACACCAGCUCCUUCAAAAAUCACUACCGACGUCAACGCCACCACUUGCCUUAUUGUGUGCAGCGAAGCCUUCUAAUGCGAUCGCUUGCCAACCCCUUGUUUAG